AUGACGGUCGAAUUGACGCAUGAUUCUGCGGCACCGGUGCUCCAUGAUGUCGAGAGGACGGUGGUCGAGGACAACGAUGCCCACAAGCUGCAGGCUCUGGGCCACCAGCAGGAACUGCGGCGGAACUUCUCAACGUACAGCAUUGCUGCGACGGGGUUUGUAAAUGGAAACGCAUGGUCCGCCGUAGGAGGAAGCAUCUUAGUGGCCAUCUACAAUGGCGGUGCGGCGGGGGUUCUUUAUGAAUUAAUCGUGGUCUCCCUCGCGUAUGCGUUCAUCACAGCCUCACUUGCCGAACUGUCCAGCUCUAUUCCGUCAUCCGGAGGAGUCUACCACUGGGCAACCGUUGUCGCAGGCCCCAAAUACGGCCGGGUCAUCGGCUUCUAUGCCGGCUGGUUCAACUUCCUGGCCUGGGUGUUUGCUAUCUCGUCAACGUGUGCAAUCCUAGGCAACGCGCUGGUGCAGAUGUAUCUCGUCCGGCAUCCUGAGGUAGAAUGGAAGGCGUGGAUGGUUUUCAUUGCAUUUCAGCUGCUCAACUGGAUGGGUUGCUUAAUUGUCUACUGCGGAAACCGAUUCCUGCCUGUUCUGAAUUUUAUAGGCUCGUUCGCCGUCGUAUCAGGCGUCUUCGUGUCCAUCGUUGUGCUAGCAGUCAUGCCCAAAGCCCACGCCAGCAGUGACUUUGUGUGGCGCACAUUUGUGAACGGGACAGGAUGGUCGAAUAGAGGUCUCAUCUUUGUCAUGGGUCUGCUCAAUGGAGCGCCUUCGCCUAUGAUCGCUCUCUCGUAUGCCAUUGCGGACCUCAACAGCAUCCUAAGCAUUCAGUCCAGCUUUCCGUUGAUUGCCAUCUACUUACAGGCAACAGGAUCGAAUGCAGGAGCCAUCGGUCUGACAUUUAUCGUCUUCCUGGCCUACUUCGUCGCGCUGCCGGACAAUUUUAUCGCCUCUGGCCGGACAUUCUGGGCGCUGUCGCGAGACAAUGCCACGCCAUUCAGCUCCUAUUUUGCACACGUCUCAAAGCGAUGGCAAAACCCGGUCCGGGCCAACAUGUUUUGUGCUCUGGUCACCACUGCCGUCGGUUGCAUCUAUGUCGGUAACACGACCGCGUUCAACGCCUUCGUGGGGUCAUUUGUCGUCCUGACGACCAUCUCGUACGGCAUUACCAUCGCUGCUCACCUGGCGACUGGCUGGAAGUUUGUAUUGCCGGGGCCAUUCCACCUUGGCCGCUGGGGAUGGGGUAUCAACCUUCUAGCGCUGGGGUACAUAGUCGUCUCGGAUGUCAUCUUCUGCUUCCCUUUCGUGCAGCCAGUCGAUGCGGCGAACAUGAAUUACGUCUCAGUGAUUGUGGGAGGGUUCACCACCUUUGUGACAGUGUGGUGGUUUCUGCGCGCGCGACAGAACUAUGAGGGUCCGAUUAUUGAGGGACAAGACCAGGAGGAGAGCUCGACUCCUCUGAGCGAGAGCAAAGAAGAGUCUGGUGCAGACAAGUCAUAG